CAGGACGUUACUCACUCAGCACUGUUCAUAUUUCAGGGGUUUGGAGUGAGUGGAGUCAGUGGUCUGCAGUGAAAGAUGAAGCUCCAGCUCUCUCUCCUCUGCCUGUGUGCGCUCGUACUCUCUGCCUCGUGUCAGGAGGAAACGUCUGGGGAUCUGAGUCCCAGAGGCCCGCGUCCUGUAGAACUGGGCUUCAAGGCUGAUAAAUGUGCACUUGAGAAAAACUUACCCAUCUGCGCUGAUGAGGACUGGGGUAGAAAGUGUCCGUCUGGCUGCCGGGUUCAAGGACUUCUGGAUCAAACGGACAGUUACAUCCACAAAAAGAUCGAGAAGAUCCGCCAACUCCUUGACGAUGGAAAGAAAUUGCACCGAUCUACAGAUGUGGAGUCCAAAAACACCUACAACUACCUGCGAGAGAGACUCGUCUCCAACGCAGGUAACGAUAACAGGUACGCCUCCUUGGCCGAACAGCUGAGACAGAGGAUCGUUGAGCUGAAGAUAAAAAUCGAUCGUCAGCUGCGAGUCCUGGAGGCGGUCAAAGCUCAGAUUAAAGCUCAGUUCGUGGCCAUACAGCGUCUGGAGGUGGACAUCGACAUCAAGCUGCGCAGCUGUAAAGGCUCCUGUGCCAGCUAUGUUCCUUUCUCUGUGGACAAGGACAGCUAUGAUGCCCUGGAGAAGCAGCUGGCACGCCUAGACACCUUAAAGGUCCAGAAUGUUGAGACUGUCAGCUCCUUGAAGGUCCUGAAGAGCAGGCCACUGAAAGAUGUAGAGGUGGCGUCCAUCUACAAGGCUGGAAUCACUGGAUCAGAGAGAGAAGCGCAGAGGAAGGCCUUCUUCACCGACAUAGGCCAGCUUCAGCUCUCCCUGGAGGCCGAGGGCUCCACGGCAGACUCGGCCGCCACCGUCAGCAAAGGCACCUCAGGUACGAGCCAUUCCUCACACGUCACCACCCAAAGCCUCAGCUGCACCCAAACCAUCCGCAAGACAACAACGCACACCAAAGACGGCAUUCAGGAGAAGUAUGAAACGGUGCUCACCGGGCCAGGGUGCGACGCCAUCGGGAAGCUCGGCCUUUCUGAGGCAGAGCUCCAGACUGCGGCUAAAGAUGGUAAACACCUGACUGGCGAUGGCUUCACCGUCAAAGUCACUGGUGGAGAGUCCAUCACUACACUCGGCGGUGACGGGGAUCUCGAUGGGUUUUUUACGGGACUGGGUUCUGAUGGAGGCAAUCGCAAGCUUGGGCAAUCCACAGCCCACACUUCUUCCUCAUCCUCUUCCUCCUCCUCCUCCUCCUCCUCCUCCUCUACCAAAACCCUUGUAACAGGCGGAAGCAAAGGUUUUCAAUCAGGCAGUAAAAUCAGCACAACUUAUAAUGUUGAUCAAUUCGAUGACGAUCUCGGGGCGUUCUUACACGGCGACAUAGAAGACGAUCUUCCUGACCUGCACGCUCGCAGUUUGAAGACCCGUGACGAUCGCAAAGCUGGUUUUAUUGGCGGAGAUUGUGUUGAAAUCCAGGAGAAGCACAGCGCGGGCGGUCAGAGCGGCCUGUUCAAAGUAAAGCCGGCCGGCUCGGAGGAGGUAGUGGAGGUUUACUGUGACCAGGCCACGGGUCUGGGGGGCUGGGUUCUGAUCCAGCAGAGGGAGGACGGAUCCGUUAACUUCAACCGCACUUGGGAUGAGUAUCGGGUCGGGUUCGGGAAGGUAGACGUGCACGGAAAGGGCGAGGUUUGGAUCGGGAACCGUGAUUUACAUCUCCUCACACAGAAAGAAAGCGUUCUGAGAGUGGAGCUGGUGGACUGGGCGGGAAACGAGGCGUACGCAGAGUAUAACAUCCGAGUGGGCUCGGAGUCAGAGGGAUUCAAGCUGAGCGUAUCGUCUUACUCAGGAGACGCAGGAGAUGCUCUGGGGCAGGGGCUAGCUAACACGGGGUCCUUCCUUUCGCACGCCGAGAUGAAGUUUAGCACGUUCGACAGGGAUCAGGACAAGUGGGAGGAGAACUGUGCCGAGGUCUAUGGGGGCGGGUGGUGGUACAACAACUGCCAGGGUGCCAACCUUAACGGCAUUUACUACAAGGGAGGGAAGUACGAUCCUGCCAGUAACGUCCCCUACGAGGUAGAGAACGGAGUGGUGUGGCUGACGUUUAAACCGUCUGAUUAUUCCCUUAAAGUGGUCAGGAUGAAGGUUAGACCGCUUGAAUAAAGACACGAGAAUGAAGAAAAGCACAUCAGAUAUAAUGAAAAUAGUUCGAGUUAGUUCUGCUUGUUACGCUCAGGAGAUUGUCAUGACAUGAAAUACCUCACAAUUACAAGAUGUUUUCAAUAAAGUAAAAUGUGUUCACUUCA